ACCAACUGCAAGAGCUGGCGGCCUCUGCCAGUGCACAGCCAAUGACCAGUGGGCGGUUAGAAAGCAUUGUAGGAAGGGGAGCGCUACCGUAACAUCCCCAAUCGGCUCUUUUACACAGUAAUUGCUAUUAAACCACACUCCCCCUUCUGCGGCUUCGGCCCGCCUCAGUGUCGCUACUCCCAAUCGGACCUCCUACUUGGAAUGAGAGAUUUGGGAAAUUCCCCAGGAAAUGACCGAUUUUGGUGUGUGAAGUGGAGGGCUUGUUGGAAUCUGGUUUCUCUCUGCGCACCCAGAGGGACCCGCACCAUGGAGCAGUACAGACUGAUUCUGUACUGUGCCAGGUUCUUCGCAGGAGCGGCGUUGAUCUUGUUCUUCCUAACUUCGUGCACCAAUUACUGGCUCCAUGCUGUAACCUGCCGGUCUGUGAAUGACACACUGGAAGAUCAAAGCUCUUCCUUGACCAGCAGCGGUGUGAAUCAUUCGGAAAUUUUGAAUGGAAAUCCCCACUCAACUGGGACGAGCACAUCAUUGUCUGGAAGUGGACUUGUUCAAUAUCAGAAACGUUCUCUGCAACCCAAACCUAGAAUUUUUAACCGUUUUAAAAAUACCUUCCUGGCAAUGAAGGAUCACAGGCUAAAUUACCAUCAUGAGGGUUUCUUCUGGAGAUGUUCAUUUCAAGACAGGGAGGAGGAGAGUCAACUUAGAAAAUUUAUUUACAUUUAUCAGCCGCCUUUAAAAUGCUGUAUACAUGCUUUUCAUUCCCCAUUUCCAAAAGUUGAAGGGGAAACCACUAAAGAAUUUCAAAGCUCACUCUUUUACCGUAAAUUGUGGAGUGCACUAAUGUUCUUGGGAGUAAUAUUUAUUACAAUUGGAUUCCUCUGCAUCACCUACAAUGCAUGCUGUCAGAAAUAUAGCAUGCACAAAGCAAUUGGAGUGAUAUUCUUGAUGGCUGGUGUGUCUUUCACCGUGUCAGUUAUCAUGUACGUCUGUUGGAUUUCAGCAGUGUCUCAGAUGAUUGAGGGAGAAAUUGAAAAUUGCACUUCCAUAGCAACCAAUGUGAAUUUUGGUGUGAGUUAUGGUUGGUCUUUUAUGGCAGCUCCUUUUGCAAUAUUGUUCUGUUUCAUUGCCAGCUUACUUUUUAUUAAACUUACUGGUAUUGAAUACAAGGAAAGUAGGGGCAUCAUUUAAACAUUUUUUUGUAAACAACCAAUCUUAAAAGGGAAAAUGUCACAAUUGUACACUCACCUAUCAAAAUUUAUUAUGAUAAUUUGAAGUCCCCUUGUGUUAAUUGAUUACAAUCAAAAUGUAAUUUUAAACUGCAUCCCUACCUUUAAACAUUAUAUGAAACUUUUAAUGUGUCUAUGGCCUUCCUUUAAUUUAUGAAAUGGUUGUGCUCUUAGAAACUGUUGUUAUUUCAUAAAUCAAAAAGACUGAGCAAUAUGCAUUAUGGUCAUUUUGGUGCAGUGCAUUCCUGAGCGCUGAGAGUGGUGCACUAUUUCUUAUAGUGAGAAAUGGCUUUGUAAAUUGAUAAGAGGCUCUGCAAAGGGUCUGUAACAAAUUCCCCAGAGAAUGUUGCUUUUAAAUAAUCAAGACCUCAGAGUCGUGUCAAAUUAAUUUUUUGUUACAACCUUCAGUUACUUUGGGGUUACAGAUAUUACCUGAUCUCAGGUGGCCAAUCCUCAUACGUCUCCUAUGGCGUGUGUGCUUUGAUAUUGACUGAAGCUUUGGUCUUCUGAAUAUGAAAGGUUUUGGCGACUUCUUAUACAGUUGAACACGCAUUUCACACAUUUCGUUACACUUCGGAUUCCACAAGUGCAUUUAAUAUAUUUUUGUUUAUUCGUUUCAUCAAUGUUGGAGUCUAUCUGGCCACCGUGACAAAUCCAAUCAUGGUAUACAUUUGGUCAGCAAACAUGUCAUCUUUAUUUUCUCUUUGUAACAUUAUUCAGUUCAGUUCCAUUGACGCUACGGUUCAUUUUUUACAUAGUCAUUUCAGUGACCAUUCCUUGACUGCAGUUCUCUCAGUAACUAGGGUUUUAACAAUUAAUGCGAAUAUCAUAUUAAACAUUUCCAAUGCAGUAAAUUAUAUACAUGGAUAUGGUCAGGCAAAAUACUGCUAUAUUGUCACCAUACUAUAGUACAGCAAAAAGUCAUGAAUCAAACUUUCAUAAAUUGAGGAAUUAGCCUUAUUUGUAUUUUGUAAUUAUAAACUUCUAAGUCAGUGCAUUAGAAAAACGUAUAUAAAAUUCUGAACACAUUUUUGAUUUUUUAAAAAUAUGGUAAUCAUCAAUUUACAAUUUUACUACAAAAUAUAGUUUACUAUGUUAUGGAAUUAUAAAGAUCAGAGCUCCUAAUGUAUUUCAUAAUGAAGACUACAACUGUAUGGUGCACAAAAUUCCACUUCUUUUCGCAGAUGCACUUCAUAGAUCCAGACAGUACAUUCAGUCUAUUGCUUUGGAUGCUGUUUGAAAGAGGUAUCUAAUUAGACCCACUGGCAGAACUCCCUCACCCAACCCUGACACCUCCACAUCCUGAGACCCUUUACAAAACUCCCCCUGUCCUUCCCAUCCCUACACUCUCCGCACUCAGCCACUCCUGAUAGCCACUCCACAUAGCGCAGCAAACUUCUCCUUCUUAAGUUUAUAUGCCAUUACCUUUUGGAACUUGCUGUUAAAUGUGCUUCCUGUACACAUCUUGAAAGUAUGUUUAAGGACUUUUAGAUUCAGAUACGUUGUUUAGUAGGAAUUUGUUUUGGGUAACAUUGUAUGAUUAUUAGCUUUGUUAAGAUGCUAACUGUAACUACAGAGAAUAGUAGGGAAAGCUUUGCUAAAACCGCCAAUGAGUUAUUCUAGUCUGAAGGCCUGAUAGAAUUUGUGUUGAGCAACACAGGCAUGUGUGCAGGAUAUAUCCCUGAGUUUACAAGGGCAGACAGUAAACAAAAGGAAACCAAGGAUAUGCAGAAAGUAAACCACUUAGGAGGAAUUGUGAUUUUCCAGAUACAACACAGGAAUGUGGGGAUCUAUAUGCUGAGCUGUCAGGAAGCCAUGGGUGAGAAAAGAUGAUCAUAUUGAUUGUUUUCAGUCAAGAUGAUCUAUAACCUUAUGGUGAGCCACUAUUGUCCUGAAGGGGAUAAAAGAGGGAGCUAUAGAACAUUAAUUACAUAUUUAGAGGAGGAAUAUGGAUAGAUAGAUAUCAACAGAAUGCAGCAAAAAAAGAAUAGAAGACUAUACCCAAAGGAACUUGGAAUCAAGACUGUCAGAGACAAAUCUCUAAAUAUAUUAAUUGCUGUUGUAUUUUUCUGCUAUGCUCACUAAACUAUCUGACUUAUUUAAAGAACUUGAGUCAGAAUUGGUCAAGCAUUCAAAAUGAGAUGGGUUGGGAUAUCCUUUUGUCUCACUAAAGUUAUAACACAAAAUGGAGAAAAAUUCUCCCUCAGUGCUGUUACUGACAUAUGUUCCAAGACAUACAAUUUUCUGCAUUCAAAGUAAUUUUGCUUUCUCCCUAAACUUUCAUUUUGCAUUUAUCUCCAAAAUAGAUUGUGAAAAGAUUCAAGUAACAAUCAAAGUGAAGUUUCUACCUAUAACCUUAAAAGUUGAUUUUAUUGUGUUCAGUUGGUGUGACCUAAAAGUUUAAUGUCUCUGGCAUAAAUAUAGUACAUCAGAAACCUACUAAAGAAGACUAUGUUUUCUAAGUUUAUAGAUUUUAUUCAAAAGCUCUUAUGCUAACAAUUUGUUGCAUUGCUGCAUUCUUACUAGAGAGGGAAAAAAAUGUAAACCAUGAGACCAACGUUAAUUCAUCCAUCGCAUUGAGACAGCUAAUUUAGUCUGCCAUCUGAACACCAGUCCUUCAUCACCUCCUCCAACCAGCCCACCCCCAUAGUCACCUAUAUCCAUGCUGGUCUCUUCAUGUCAUAAAUUUAGACCAAUUUAUUUGCACUUUUAAUGUUGCAUGUUAGAUUUUUGGCAGCUUUUAUUAUCCCUUGAAUUGAUAUAAAAGAUAAUUCAUUAUUGAAUAGUUACCUACAUGUGAAACAGGAAUUGUGUUCUGGAAAAUAACUACUUGGAAUGCAAAAGUGUGAUUUAUCUUUGUCAGUUUGUUUUCCAUCCAGAAUUUGACAACUUUUAAACACUUCAGAAGGAUUUUUCUUUUGGAAUAUAUAUUUCCAUGAUACAAAGUUUCACCCUACACCUCAUCAUAGAAAUAGUUGCUCUAUUCUUGAAAGUUUCAGAAAGAGAUAUGUAUUUUGUAUAUGUUCUAUAUCAAUACAUGAAAAGGAAAUUUGAAGCACUCUGGAUGUAAUUUCUUAAGUGCAGAUAUUUUGUAUUAUCUAAUUCUAUCGUAUUGGUGGAUGGACCAUCUAACUGAUUAUUUGUAUUAUAAAUGUAAUCGUGUGCAACAAACUAAGGCUCUAAGCUGUUAAUGGAAUAAUGGGAAUACAGAAUUAAGUCUUCCUGUUAGUGCAUGCCAUUUGGAAGAACAUUUGGGCUUAGCAUACACUCUUAUUUUUAAACAAAUGAUAUGUACCUUAAUAUUUCCACUAAACAAAGUUUAAUAAUCUUGAAAAUAAAAUAUGCUUGUUUCAUUAAA